AUGUCACACACGGGACAGGAUGAGGGGCACGCUAGAUGCUGCCAAGUCAAAACGCUACGAGACCAGAACAGUCGUGUCGGCAGCUGCACGUGGUGCCUAUUCGAGGCACACACGGAGGCCAAUGUCGGGUGCGGGGCCACCGUGCGCUUCCGUGGCUACACCCAAGCAGUCAGCCAGCACUUCAUAAAGCGGAAUGCAGGCAAGAGCCUGAAGGUCGGCGCCCGGGCUCUCAAGAAGACCCAUCGGCAUUUCGUCAGCGCGGGCAGUGUCAUGCAGGCGAUGUACAGGAUGCUCCACCUUGGGACUCCACACAAGAUCACGCAGAAACAGUUCGAUGAGGCGGCGCUCCAGACUGGGUGCAAGGGCCUGACUGCCUUUGCGGCCCUGCCGUACGUCGACCUGUCGUGCCUCUUCACCAUCUCCACCGGCCAUGCCCUGCUGUUCGGAGUGGUCAGCGACUUUGUGGACUACACGCUGAGGUCGCUCAAAGACAUCAAGCCAGCAGACCCAGAUGCCAAGCUGGUCAUGUCUCGUGAAGCACGCCAGCGGGUCGCGGCCCGCGGCCAGUUCCUGGUUGUGACUUCGGACUUCGGGCGGCGGUACAAAUGCAUCAUGCAGUACCGCAAGAGCUACCGCAUGGAGGACUGGCUGCACUUCGUUGAGACGUUCUCCAGCUACAUCUUCAAGGGGGACGUGCUGCCCGAGGCCUUGCGGGCCCUGUGUUGGAGCCUGUGCAGCACGGUCACGCACUACUUCCGGCCGCGGCCCCCCGACGAGACCCGUGAGCAGUUCCUGGUGGCAGCCAAGGCGGCUGCAUGCAAGCUCAGAGCUUACAUGACCAGGCUGGAGGAGUUGGAGGUGCUGGGCUACAUGUUCACGGUCAACCUGCACAUCUGCGUAUGCCGGCUGUACGACCAGGAGUGCCAGCUUGGGUCCACGGCAGGGUUCUCCGAACAGCCGGUGGAACGCAUGAUGCAGCAAAUGAAGACGCAAGGCGGAAGGAUGGUGUCACAGGCACCCGAGAAGCACUACACGCAGUGGCUGUGCCUGAUGUGGGCCUCCGAGUCGCUCACCGAGGCAGACCCCGCGACCGGGGCCAAACACACGACCAACCAGCAGCUUGAGAGGAUGUUGGCACAGCGCGCAGUGAAUACCGAGGCUGCCUGGUUUGAUAAACCAGGAGGCAACGGUUACCUGCUUGGACGAGGCCACAUGGUCUACCCGAGUCCAGAACGAGUGGCACAAGUCCGGGCAGCCAUGGCGAGCCUAGUGCACUGGUAUGCCCUGGCAUUCGAGGAUGUGGCUUCCUGGACAUUGGGUCCCAAUGUGUACUCGGGACAGGUGUUCAGCGGGGGGCUGGUGGUGGUCAACAUGGCGGCCGCCCAGACAGCGAGGGCAGGCAGCCAGUGGGAGAUGUGGCAGGACCUAGGGUUGCCGCUAAGUGCCUGCAGCUGCCCCGCAGCGGACGCGUCCUUCACCAAGUGCUCGAGGAUCGCUCAUCCAGCCCCAUUCGUGCCCAUCCAGCCCCAUUCGUGGCAUUCGAUCUCCGAGGACGCAACGACAAGCACAAUGGCCGGGAGUUGCCUAAAGUCGAGCAUGGAGCCUCAGGGUUAUGGUAUGGCAACACGGGGGUAA